AUGACUGCCUUCCGCAAGCCGGUCGUCAGUUUCCUCGGCCCUGUUGCCUCCUACACCCACCAGGCUGUCCGACAGGCCUUCUCUGAGUCUUCUUGGGAGCUCCGGCCCGUGGUCACUAUCGACGAUGUCUUCGACCAGGUCCAAGAUGGUGAAGUGACAGCAGGUGUUGUUCCUUUUGAGAACUCCACCAAUGGCUCCGUAGUCUUCACUUUCGACAACCUCGCUGAUCGGUUCAAUCGUUAUCCCGAUAUAACUGUUGAUGGCGAGACUUAUGUCGAUGUUCACCACUGCCUUGUUGGCCAUAAAAGUUCCGUCCCAGCCUUGGAGGAUACCGCGGAAGGAUCCGGCACUUGCACUCCUACGGCAACCGACCCAUCCCCCCUCAAGCCUCGAUCCAAGCCCCUAGGCAGCCUCAAGCACAUCCAGCGGCUGUACUCUCACCCGCAGGCAUUCGGUCAGUGCACCGCAUUCAUAUCCACCUACCUCAAGGGGGUCGAGAUUUUCGAGGUCAGCUCGACCAGCAAAGCUGCAGAGAUUGUGAGCAAGGAUACGACGGGGACUUGGGCGGCGAUUUCAAGCCAGCUUGCAGGCGAGAUGCAUGGUCUAGACUUCCUCGGCAAGUCCAUUGAAGACCGAGAAGACAACACCACCCGUUUCUUAAUCAUCGGAACCAAUCCCUCUGUCCCCAGCAACUGGGAUGACGUAAAGAAAUCCAUCGCCAAGUCUGGAAGCAAGUCCCUUGUCUCCUUCACCGUACCUCACACCUCGCCAGGCGCACUGGCCGAUGUCCUCGGUUGCUUCCAGGCCUUCGACCUCAACCUGACCAGCAUCAACAGCCGACCGAGCUUGGUGCAGCCUUUCCAGUACAUCUUCUUCGUCGAGUUUGAGGGCCACAAGCACGAUGAUCCGGAUGGUCGAGUCAAGGGCACGCUGGAAAAGAUCAGUCGCGUGGCCCAGAGCUGGAGAUGGCUUGGAAGCUGGCAGAGAUACAGAUAA